CUUGGUUGAUUCUCACAACUAUAUUAUACAACCCUUCUUCUUUUUCUUCUUCCAAUCAAGUUCCUUUGUUUUGUCCAUAAAUAAGCCAAAACUGAACCUCAUUCACAUACGAAGCAAAUGGAGAAAGAAGAGAGCGUUGAUUUGAGUAAAAUAUCUCUUCGACCCCUUGAGCUCUCUGACCUCGAUGAUCUCAUGGUGUGGACCAGUGACGAAAAAGUUGCCACCUUCUGCACUUGGGAUCCUUACACGAGCAAAGACGAUGGCAUCAACUUCAUCCAAAACAUAGCAACAAAGUUUGUGUGGUGCAGAGCAAUAUGCCUCAACGACCGUGCUAUUGGCUGUGUUUCUCUGUCCUCCAACUCAGAGUAUGACAAAAGUAGAAAAACAUCAGCGGAACUAGGCUACGUUUUGGGCUCCAAAUACUGGGGCAAAGGGAUUGCCACGCUGGUUGUGAAACAAGUGGUGAAGAUUGCUUUCACUGAGUUGGAACACUUGGAGAGGGUUGAAGCUCUUGUUGAUGUGUUCAAUGUUGGCUCUCAAAGGGUGUUGGAGAAGGCUGGUUUCCAAAGAGAGGGGCUUCUUAGGAAGUAUGUGUUUCUCAAAGGAAAAGCCAGAGAUAUAGUCAUGUUCAGUGUUCUUUCUACUGAUCCUCACCUUUGAUUUCAAUUGUGUUUUACACUGCUACAUGUGACACGUCAAUUAUCAUAUGAUGUUUCGUUCGGAAUGAAUAAACCAAUUCCAUUUCUUUUGUUUUCUACA